AUGGCCUUGACAUCAAUCGGCGUUGGGGCUUGGAGCUGGGGCGAUAGAACAGGCUACUGGGGAUACAACAGCUAUGGUAAUUAUGGGUCUGAUGAGAACAGGGCUGCGUUUGAUGCGCUCAUCGACAGCGGCAUUGGGUUCAUCGACACUGCAGAAGUGUACGGAUUUGGGAAAUCCGAGGAGCUGACUGGGGAUUUCAUGCGGAGGAAGGGUGCCUCCCCAGUCAUUGCCACCAAGUUUGCACCCCUCCCCUGGAGAUUCACAUCAGGCUCAGUUGUCAGCGCUUGCGAGGCGAGCCUGAAGAGGCUGCAGGUGCCCUCGGUGGGUUUAUACAUGAUCCACUGGCCGGGCUUUGCGCUGCAGUCCCUGGCGAACGAUGCCUUUGUGGAGGGACUGGCGAGGGUGAAACAAGCCGGUUUGGCACAGGCCGUGGGAGUGUCAAACUUUAGAGAGGAUCGGCUGCGGCGAGCGCAUCAACUCCUGCAGGACAAGGGAGUGGUGCUAGCAAGCAACCAGGUGCAGUACAGUUUGUUGUACCGAGCCCCAGAGAAGAACGGCGUGCUUCGCGCAUGCAACGAGUUGGGCAUCACAUUGAUCGCUUACUCACCCCUGGCCCAGGGCCUGCUCACAGGCAAGUACAGCCCAGAGAACAAGCCUGGCGGUCCCAGGUCCGGCAUCUUCACAGAGGAGAGGCUGCGGGGAGUGCAGCCUCUGAUUGGGCUGAUGCGCGACAUCGGCAGCAGCCACGGCGGCAAGUCACCGGCGCAGGUGGCCAUCAAUUGGACCAUCUGCAAAGGGGUGCUGCCCAUUCCAGGCGCAAAGAAUGCGCGGCAGGCGGCAGAGGUUGCUGGAGCCAUGGGCUGGUGA